ACUAACUUUGUUUCUACUGCAAUACCGUGUAUAUUUCUAGUCAAACACCGACCUUUUAUUACACUAAAAAGAGAAGAUGAACACUGUAACUUACUGCGCUCUCGCCGCCGUAUGCUUGACAUACGCAACAAUACAGGGAGUUCCAGGCGGGGCGUCGCAGAUUGGCACAGAUGACGUUGAGGUGCAGGCCGCCGCUGCUUUUGCAAUUGAGGAACUGGGUUCGGAGUAUUCAUUAGUGGAACUGACUAAGGCCUCCCGCCAGGUUGUUGCGGGCUCCAAACACAUCUUGGAGGCUAACGUUCGACGAGACAUGGCAGACGGAUCCAAGAAAUUCUACACUUGUACCCUGGAGACAGUGACGGCAGAAUGGAAAGGCUACAAGGAGUUGACCAAGAUGUGUUGCGAUCUAACCCAAAUAACCCCAGCCUCGCCCGUCGUUUCCAGGAAAUAAUGGACAAAGGGAAUUUGCUAAUGUUAAAUCAAACAAAAUCGUACGGAAAGAUAUCAUUAACAUUUACGGUUGUUUACCUUGAACGCGUUUCGAGUCGAAAGUGAAAAAACUUCCUUUGUAUUUCCAAAAUUUUAUAUCAUUUAGAUUUUUAAACUAAUAAAACAAAACCAAGAAAGUAAA